AUUCACUUUUUUAAUCGUAAUGAUAAUAAAAAGGAUGAUGAUGGAGAAUAGAGAGAUAGAUCCGGCACAGUUGGGUGAGCAUAUGCUGCCACCAUAUUUUUGCAAAAUUGCUACUUAUUAGGGUGAAGUUGCAAGUUAAAUUGUUUUGUGGGGAGAGGAAAACUCGUGGUGAUUUCGUGUCGACCGGAAGGAAAGACAAGUACCGGAUUUCUUUCUUUAGUGACGAGUGACAUUGAACGAGUUGUAAUAAUCUUGCUUUUUAUGGGGAUCGUCUACUCGACACUUUUGUAUCCCAAUGGAUAUCAUCCGGUGUCUUUACCAAAAGUUGCUGUACCAGAGUUAUUACUAGAAGCUGAAGCCAUUUCUCAAACAAUGUCUAAGCCAAGAAGACAUACAUAGACUGCUAAAAGACUUACUGCUUAUUACUUUGGAGGAAAAUAACAAGUUUCUUUUGCCGGCGUUAAUCCAGUAGUGGGGACAAAUAAUAGUUAAUAGUUCGUCAUUGUGUGAUCGAUCGCCCAAGAUCCGAAAAUCGAAAACGUUCUUAGGCUAGACUAGGUAUUAGGCAGGUGAUAGAUUAUUUAAAGUAAUAUUGGUUUACGACGACGACGUAUUUUCAUCUAUUCAAGACUUUUUCAAGUGCAUUUAUUAUUUCACAAACUUGAAACGCAAACCGCAUAAUACAUAAUGACGUCUUUAAAAGAAGCUCCGUCUUCAUCCGUUGGUGUAUCGGCUGAUUCUCACCAGCAGAACCCAACUUCUUCUUCGACACAAAGUACCUUCACUAAUGGGAAAUCAUAUGCAAGAAUUGUGGUUGCAGAGAGCGAUGACAAUGAAAAUAUCGGUACAAAGGCAAGUGAUGCUCCGAAACCACAGCAAAAAGAUGACGUGAGGCCUGGAUUGAGUCAAGAUAAUCAGCAGCAAACAUCUACUGCAAAACAAUACAAGUCGUCCUCUCGGUCAUCUCAUCAUCAUCACAAUUCUCAAGGACGAUUUUAUUCACAUUCAUCAGGAACGAAAGGUGCCAAGAAAAUUCCGUUUCAGACUCAAAAUCAAAACAUAAACAGUCAACCUCAAAUGGAACAACGUGAAAAUAAUAAUGCAAGUUCUCUUCUAGUUGAAAACAUACCAGACGAAUCUCCGGCAGCAGAUGAUUUUGAAGUUGUUGUUAGAAAGGGUCGACCUAAUAGUUCAGGAAAUAAUGGAAAUGGAUACCACGGGCAUGGACCGAAGUUUAGAAAAGGCCGAGGCGACCACUCCAAUCCUUCUGCUAAUAACGGAAGUGCAAAACCUUUUAAAGACUUUGAAGGUCGAAGGCAUCAUCAUCACCAUAAUCAUAAUAAUAACGGCAAGAGAGGCGGGCCACAUUUUGCCAACGACCUUCCAACAACCAAUAAGCCGGGAGAUACUACUACAACUGUCGCCGGAAUUUUGAAAAAGUCUGAAAUAGUGGGUGAAAAUGGGAACAUAAUAAAUGUAGAUGUAGAGAAUGGAGGUCCACCACUUCUUGAAAAUCAAAACGACAUCAUAAAUUCUAGUGUUUCCAGCAGCUCUCAGAAUUCGAAUGGAAGCGUUUCCUCGGAUAGGGAUGAAUGCAGUAUCGAAAACUCUUCCGAACCCGCUAAACCUCAAUAUGUUGUCGCUCCACCACCAAAAGUAAAUCCAUGGCUAAAAUCAAAAUCCAUUAAAACUGCCAUUUCCAAGGAAGGUAGUAGCUCUUCUUCCAACACUGUUCUUCCUACUACGACUGCUAGCAAUAGUCAGAAAUUAACUUCAUCUCAGACUAACAACAUCAAGAAUCCCGGCAUUCUUUCCUCUGCUACUGCCACCACGUUGUCGACUACUACUUCGUCUAUUAACGGGGGAAGCAACGUUGAGGGACGCAAUAAGAAUAACAAUAACAGUUUAGGCAGCAGCAGCAGCAACAACAACCAACCAAUAAUCAGCCAAUCAAAUGGCUCAUUGACUAACCCGAAUAGUUAUGCAAAACAAGUAGUAGCUGGCAAGUUGCCUUCAGGAAGUCUCGGGAAACAGCAAGCAAUGAACACGAGUAGUAGAUCCGUAGCUGCUGCAGGUUCUUCAACAUUAGCCAAUAAGGCGAAAGAUCUCUUAAAACCAUCCGUUGCUGAGGACUGGCCAACACUUGAGCAGGCCGCGGAAGUCCCUCAGUUAUUGCCGGUAUUUAAGAAAGUUGAGCUUGGUAAAAUCGUUCGGUUCCGUUCCAGCACCACAGAAUCAACGGAUUCCGGGAGUGAAGACAUUUUCCGCAAUAAUACUAAACGUAUCUCGGUUUCUGAUUCGAACGAGGAGACCAAAGUGUCCCAUUGCAGUACAUCCGAUGCUGUAAGUGACGAAGGUGGGCCGUCAGGAGCGUCGAGCGUUUGCGAAGGCGAGAGCAGUAGAAGUGGACUCGUAUCAUUGGAUGCAAUUCCAAAACUUACACAUAACGGGAGCUUGUCAAGUGACGAUAACGAGUUGGACACGGAUGAUGCUACUGGAAGUCAGAGUAGGCGAGGAAAAAAGAAAAAGUGGGUGCCUUUAGAUAUUCCUUCAGAAAGUUCUCAGUCGACCAAGCCGAGGAAAAAACCAUAUCCGACCAGAAGCUACAGUGAAAGUGAUUCCAGGAAGGGAAAAGAUCUCGCAGGAGCAACUGCAACGCAAAGUCAGGGUGACAUGAAAGCCAACAAUGGUGGUCCUGGAAGGAGACAGCAACAACAGAGAGGCGGUGGUGGAGGUGCACCUCGAGGGGGACGAGGAUACCGUGGUGGGCGUGGUGGAGGUUACCGUAGAUACAACUCCAAUGACCAAGAUGCUCAGUCAGCACCAACUGGAGACUACCACGACUAUCCCACGGAUUUCACAACCUUGUUUCCAGUCACUCCAGAAUUCAUAAUGCCUUACGUCACUCAAAGUUAUUAUCCGGUGUCACUAUCGUCUCCUGCUCGUGAGAAUGGGCAACAAAAAUCAACAGAAGAUGAUCCUGUGAUUAUAGCUCUGGUUAAAAACCAAGUAGAAUACUACUUCAGUCAAGAGAAUCUGGAAAAGGACUUUUACCUUCGCAGGAAAAUGACACCAGACGGAUUUCUACCCAUUUCAGUCAUUUUCAACUUUCCUCGAAUAAAAAAUAUGACUCAAGACAUGCUUGUGGUUAUAAAAGGGAUGCAAGCAUCCAACGUCCUUGAACUUAAUGCUGACUCGACUUGCGUCAGAACUAAGAAUGACCCAGAAAAAUGGCCAAUUGAAGAUGAAGCAUUAAAGGAAUUGCCAGCUCUUCAAUUUUUACCAGCACACCCUCCAAUGGUUGUAGCUUAUACGGCACCAUUAUCGCCCGUACCUGGCAUCAUUCUGCCACCUAUUCCUGCUGCUGCUAGAUAUAGUUCACCAAUUCAAAUUUUCCCAUUGCCAAUGCCUGUUCACCACAUACCUCCAAUUUCCGGGAUGGCUCACAGUCCAGGAAGUGAGACGCUCAACCCAAAUGUUCCGGAAUUUGUACCUAUGAUAAAUACCGUACCUAAGAAUACUGAUGAGGAGGCUGCUGCUGCUUCAUCCCAAAGUGUCCAGAGCACCACCAAGCCAAUUACCAUUCAAAACAACAAUCCUUCUCCGCGUGAAGAAAAAACUGGAAAGGACAAUCAUCAAAUCAGUAAAUCCGAAAAUGAGAAACAGACUGUGCCUAAAAAUGCUUCCACUACUAAUGUUACAACUGCCCAAAUUGAAAAGGACAAUGUUACUAAUGCAAAAUCCAACAAUUCGUCAUCAUCGAAUAAAAACACCAACAAAAAGGCUGAUACCAACAAUCCAAACAAAGAAGUCGAGGUCUCUUGGCAGGAGGUAAAGAAAAAACCAAAACCGGUGUCAAAAGUAAGGCGACGACUGCCUUCGAUGGAUGGAGAUGGUGAAACACAAUUCAUGUUUGAAGAAGACUUGGAUUUACCACCGGCUCGAUCACGUACUUAUUCAAGCGGACGUUACAGUGUGACGGAGGUCUCUGAGGAUUCAGAAGAUGAGAUUAGUGACUCUGAAAUUGACAACUUGGUUAUUGUCAUGCAACGAAACAGAUCCGACAGUAUCAGCUCCUCUUCAACGCCUGGAGGAGCAGUCGCUCAUGCUCACGGUCAUGCUCCAAUUCCGACGCGUCCAGUAAAACAUGAGGGUUACGACAGAACCGGACAUUGGACGACGAGAACCAAAAUGACUCAAGAAUUAGCUCAAAUCAUAAACGAUGGACUAAAGUAUUUCGAAGAAGACUUUGUAACCGAGGCCGAAAGUCAUACGCCAAAGCAAGGCAGCUUUACUACUGUCAACCUCAUUUCCAAGGAGGACUUUGAAAAGCUAAUUCCUCAAAUUCCUCGUGCUAUCAACCCAGAAUUUCCUCCACCGCCACCCGUCCCAUGCAACACUCCUAUGAAUGCUUCUUCUAUGCAUGAGAUUGGAGACAGCAAUGCGGUGACGAAGACACGCUCUAAAACAAGAACACGUCGACGAGCAACUCGUUUCUAUCCUGCUGGCAAAGAAGACGAAUCUGGAAGUAAAGAGCAUCAGCAACAAGAUAACCAUGUUGGCUGGAUUCGCGAAGGAAAGAGACAAAGAACCAGAACGAUUAGCCACACUGGCAGUGCUGGCGGAGGUGAUGAGGGAUCGUCAAGUCUUCCAUCCUCCCUUCCUGCAUUUCAACAUCCGUCUCAUGCCUUGUUGCAGCAAAAUGGAUUUGUUCAGCAGAUGUAUCACAAAUACCAUGCUCGGUGUUUGAAAGAACGAAAGAAACUCGGGUUUGGAGCAUCUCAGGAAAUGAAUACGCUUUUCAGAUUCUGGUCUUUCUUCUUGCGAGACAACUUCAACAGAAAGAUGUACGAAGAAUUUAAGCAACUAGCCUGGGAGGAUUCUAACGCUGGUUUUCGUUAUGGCCUUGAGUGCUUAUUCCGCUUCUACAGUUAUGGGUUAGAAGUGAAAUUCAGGCGGCACAUUUAUGAUGACUUUCAAUCUGAAACAGUUCGAGAUUGGACUGAGCAUGGCGGAGAUUUGUAUGGGGUCGAAAAGUUUUGGGCGUUUAGGAAAUAUUACAAAAAGAGCGAUGACCUACCUGUAAAGCCAGAGCUAAAAGAAAUUUUGAAUCCGUUCAAUAACAUUGAUGACUUUAAGAAAGCCAAUGCAAUGCGUGGAACCACUCCAGAUUCUCGCCGGCGACGAAUGUCUGAAUCGGAUAAGGUUGCUCAAUUACGCCAGUUUUGCCCACCACACCAACCAGCUGCACAACCAACUCAGUCUGGAGAGACAUCACGACGUCGAAGGACAGUUUCAGAAUCUGUGGCGAUUUCAGCACCUCGGAAAUCUCCGUCACGAUAUUCUCCAAAAUCCAAAUCGUAAAAAAAUUCCAGUCUUUCUUUAUUCCACUGUGCUAUUGAUCGACCAACCGACCAACACUUUUUUUUAAUAAUCCAACACUACUAUUCACCUUGCAUGUUUUAAACAUCAAAACUUCACUUUCGCAACUCCUUUUCCCAACAUGUUAAUCAUUGCCUAUAUUGUUUUUUCCAUGAAAUAGAUUUUAUCGUUACCUAAUAAUUUCGGGGGAUUGGAUUCAUCCGAUAUGAUUACAUCACAUAAGCGAAAGUGUUUGUUGUUUCUGCACGUACAUAUAAGUGGGUAUUUGACUUAUCAUGGUUGUUAUUUUUAUUCGUGUUGAUUGAAUCACUUGUGGAUAAACUAAAGAAAGAGAGAGAGAGAAAGAGUCAUAUACAUAUUAAGUAAUCGUAUUAAUGGAUUUGCUUUAAAGUUGGAUUUCCCACGUUAUUAAACACGUUUGUGUUACUAUUGUAAUUCUGAUCAAGUUCCAACGGAGUAAUGGGAAUUGAAAAAUGAUUAUCAUAAGUGCUUUAUCAACAGUGAUGAUAUUAGUGCAUAAUUUACAUGUUACAUAAUUGAACGGAAAAUUUUGUUUGGGUUUUCACUACUGAUUAGUAGUCUUGUUUUCAGAGUUAAAUACUUUCCAUUAAGCUUCACUUGUUCUGUUCUUUUGGUAGAUAUCGUACCUUGCAUAAUAUUCGAGUUAUACUCUUUUUUUGAUAUUGAUGAUGUUACUAGCUUUUUACUUAUUUUUAUCCACUCUUUCAUUUAUUCUUCAUCCCUUCCUUGUUUACUUUACUGCACAAUUAUAAAUUAUUAGCAAUGUUCAUAAAAGCUCAAAAUUUAGCAUGAAUUGAGUUCUGCUGUGUCGUUGGUUGUAUGUUUAUGUACAACUCGUUACGUACUGAAUUAAAAAAAUAUGGUAAUUAUUAUUAUUAUUUAAAUUCGAGAUAAAGUUUAUCCAUUGUUGUUCACAUUUUAACACAUUUUACAUAUCUUGUAUAUUAAUAUUGCAUUUAUAAAAUGUUAUAAAUAAUGGAAAAUUUAGCAAGAGUAUUUAUACAUAUAUAUUCGCUAUUUCGAUGCAUUUGAACGGGAAUAUUUUUCAAAAGUUCAACAAUAUUAUUAUAUUAUACUAAAUCUAGUUUUAUAAACUCGAGAGAAAAAAAUGACAAGAAAAGUAUAUAACGUUUGAAAGCAAAGUAAAAAAAAAUAGUAUCAAUGUUCACUAGUAAAAAAUAUACUUAUUACACAAAAAAUACAAUAUUAUUGUAGUCGUUUAGAAAGAAAAAAAGAUAUCGCAUUGUACUGUACUCCUCCUCAUAAUCACUCGUGUGUUUGUGUGUGGAUACUAAAAAUGAAAUUGUUAUUUCGUUAUAUAUUUAACAAUUUAUUAAUACACAUUAUUAAUAGAUCUAUCUAUGAAGAAGUAUAUGAAUGACAACUUCAAAAAAAAAUUGUGAAUUUUCAUGUUCAAAACAUAAAAAAAUAAACAAAAAAAUAUAACAAAAAGUA